UUUUUUGCUCCUGCAGUCACACAUUUUGAGGAGAAGGCCCCUCUCGGGAAAGCAGCACAGCUCCGCCUCCCGCAACAAUACGCCCUCCCCCUCCAUUGGCAUCUUUCUCAAACGCUUCCCAUCCCAACCCCACUUCAAACACAGCAAGCCCCAGCUCCGAGACAAUGCAUUCGAAGCUCGACUUACACAAGCACAUUUCCUGCGAGGAUAUCAUUCUGCAGCUCGACCAGUGCCACACCGAAAACGUUUUGAACCGGUUCCUCGGUCGCUGCAACAGACUCAAACAGGCCAUGAAUGAGUGUCUACAGGCUGAGUUCGAUAUCAACCGUAAGAAGCACUUUGAACAGGCAAAGGAAAAAAGAAUGAAGGUCGAGGAGCGAUGGAAGGACAUGAAGGAGUAAAGUGGCAUACGGCAUAUCCAUUUUAGCACAGCACAGCUGCUUUCUAACAAACUCAAUAAAAUGUAUCAUCCAUUGUCGA